AAAAUAUAUAAAAACAUUUUACAAUUUAUUUUGCAGCUCCCGGUACAUACAGUCCUGAAAAAAUAAAUCUGUCUAAGUCGCCGCAAUAUAGUUUUGGCACUAAAACUGAGAUCUGUGAAAAAAACACUAUACCAGGUCCUGGCGAGUACAGUCCAGAAAAGACGAUGCUUUUAUUGGAAAAAGCAUUGCAAUUUACUUUUGGUUUCAAACCGCCCUUGAACAGAUCAAAUGAUGUUCCAGCACCCAAUAUCUAUAACAUUCCUUCUGCUCUCGGCGGAACUAAAGAGGGUAAUAAGAAAGCAGCACCUGCCUAUUCAAUAUCUGGUAGGCAAAAAGUUUUUAUGGACGAUCGUGUUCUCGUACCUGGGCCGGGUGCAUACGAGUGCAUUAAACCAGACACAAUCAGAGCGAAAAGUCCAGCAUAUAGCAUGAGUGCGCGUUUUCCGCUGCCCGACGAUCACUUGCAGAUUCCAGGACCUGGAGCACACUGCCCGGAAAAGGUAUCGUGUUUUGCAGCUCCCGGUACAUACAGUCCUGAAAAAAUAAAUCUGUCUAAGUCGCCGCAAUAUAGUUUUGGCACUAAAACUGAGAUCUGUGAAAAAAACACUAUACCAGGUCCUGGCGAGUACAGUCCAGAAAAGACGAUGCUUUUAUUGGAAAAAGCAUUGCAAUUUACUUUUGGUUUCAAACCGCCCUUGAACAGAUCAAAUGAUGUUCCAGCACCCAAUAUCUAUAACAUUCCUUCUGCUCUCGGCGGAACUAAAGAGGGUAAUAAGAAAGCAGCACCUGCCUAUUCAAUAUCUGGUAGGCAAAAAGUUUUUAUGGACGAUCGUGUUCUCGUACCUGGGCCGGGUGCAUACGAGUGCAUUAAACCAGACACAAUCAGAGCGAAAAGUCCAGCAUAUAGCAUGAGUGCGCGUUUUCCGCUGCCCGACGAUCACUUGCAGAUUCCAGGACCUGGAGCACACUGCCCGGAAAAGGUGCUUCUCGACAUUCCCCCUGCGCAUACAUUUGGUAUCAGGCAUUCACCCUAUAUUUGUAAUUUGAAGGAUGCAGUUUAUUAAUUCAUCGAUUAGUGAUAACUAAUAAUUUAUCA